GAAAUGAGCGACGUUGUUCUAGAGGUGUCGUAGGGGACGGGAACGCCAUGCUGGAACCUAGCGCUAAAGGAUGCCACAACUGACACCGCGAGGCGCGCCUUCGUCACUGUCUUUGAUUGUGGAUACGAGAGUGUGAGAUAGACGGCACGAGGUCGUCGAGUUUGAGGGAAGGAGGGGCAGAAGUGAAGGAUGGCGAAUAUGGCGAUGGUGGACGAGCCGCUGUAUCCUAUAGCCAUUCUCAUCGACGAGCUCAAGAAUGAUGAUAUUCAGCUACGCCUGAACUCGAUCCGGCGCUUGUCCACCAUUGCUCGAGCGCUUGGGGAGGAUCGGACGCGCAAGGAGCUCAUUCCGUUUUUGAGCGAGAAUAAUGACGACGACGAUGAAGUGCUGCUGGCAAUGGCCGACGAGCUGGGAGGGUUCAUCCCAUAUGUUGGCGGGGUGGACUACGCACAUGUGCUGUUGUCGCCGUUGGAGUCGCUGUGCACGGUGGAGGAAACCGUGGUGCGGGACAAGUCUGUGGAGUCGCUUUGCAAGAUUGGCUCGCAGAUGAAGGAGCGAGAUGUCGUGGAGUGGUUCAUUCCGCUUGUUAAGAGGCUCGGUGCUGGGGAAUGGUUCACCGCACGAGUGUCAGCCUGCGGGCUUUUCCACGUCGCUUACCCUAGUUCUCCAGAUCUUCUUCGGGCUGAGUUGCGUUCGGUCUACAAUCAGCUAUGUCACGAUGAGAUGCCUAUGGUGCGACGAUCAGCUGCACUAAAUUUGGGAAAAUUUGCGGCUACCGUCGAAGCCAUGUACCUGAAGACUGAUAUUAUGACCUUCUUCAGGGAGCUCACUCAAGAUGAUCAAGACUCGGUGAGGCUUCUAGCAGUGGAGAGUUGUGCUACUUUGGGCAAACUUCUGGAGCCGGCUGACUGCGAGGCAAAUAUUCUCCCCGUUAUAGUCAGUUUCUCACAGGACAAAUCAUGGAGGGUACGAUACAUGGUGGCCAACCAGUUAUAUGAGCUUUGUGAGGCGGUAGGACCAGAACCAACCAGGACGGAAUUGGUGCCAGCAUAUGUACGUCUAUUGCGGGAUAAUGAAGCAGAGGUCCGUAUCGCUGCUGCAGGCAAAGUCACUAAGUUUUGCGGGAUUGUCAACCCUCAAGUUGGUCAACAACAUAUUCUUCCAUGUGUGAAGGAGUUGUCAACUGAUUCAUCCCAACAUGUACGAGCUGCUCUUGCAUCGGUUAUCAUGGGCAUGGCGCCAUUGCUAGGCAAGGAAGCUACUAUUGAGCAACUUUUACCCAUAUUCCUAUCACUGUUGAAGGAUGAAUUUCCAGACGUGCGGCUAAAUAUCAUCAGCAAGCUAGAUCAAGUCAACCAAGUAAUAGGCAUCGACUUGCUGUCUCAGUCACUUUUGCCAGCCAUUGUGGAGUUAGCAGAGGAUCGGCAUUGGCGUGUCCGUCUUGCCAUAAUUGAGUACAUUCCUUUAUUGGCCAGCCAAUUAGGUGUCGACUUUUUUGACGACAAACUAGGUGCUCUAUGCAUGCAGUGGCUUGAAGAUCAGGUGUACUCUAUCCGAGAGGCUGCUGCGAACAACCUUAAGCGUCUUGCCGAAGAGUUCGGUUCCGAGUGGGCAUUGCAACACAUCAUUCCACAGGUGAUGGAAAAGAUCAACAAUCCUCAUUACUUGUAUCGCAUGACGGUGCUUGUGGCCAUUUCCCUUCUUGCUCCUGUUGUUGGUGCCGAAGCCACCUGCCAGACAAUGUUGCCUGUGGUCAUCAAUGCAGCCAAAGACAGGGUUCCUAAUAUCAAGUUUAACGUCGCUAAGAUGCUGCAAUCUAUGAUUCCUAUUGUCGAUUCCACUGUUGUGGAGCAAACAAUUCGGCCGUGCUUGUUGGAACUUCAGGAAGAUCCUGAUGUGGAUGUCCGGUUUUUCGCUGGUCAGGCUCUGCAAGCCUGUGUCCAAGUUAUGUGUGUUUAAUUCGAGUAAUGCACCGUUGUCUACAUUCGUUCAAUGACUGCAUUGUCGUCGUCUCAACAAACUCCGCAAUUUGUCAAGGAGAUGUUCUUGUUAGUUCCUUAGGUUUUCCUGCACUGGUGUUAAAGACGGAUGUACCAGAUGUGUAGUACAAAUUUGACUUCUCAAGGGAACCACACCAGUUGAUGAACGAAAUUAUUGUAAAACUAGGCAACCAGCAGGGACCCCCUCUGGCCUUCACCUACGAAGGUACACAAGUAAAUGUGCUUCUAGCAAAUCUGAUCCACAUCUGUAGUUACUAUUGUGUGUAUAUCUUCUACAGGAUGAAGUUAGCGGAAUGAAGCCUGACAACGUGGAUUGGUUGAGGAUUACUGUGUGACCGAUUUCGUAAUAGUUUUAUCUUAGGUGACUUAGUCAAUCCAUAAUUGGGUCUUUUGAUCAGCGUAUUCCUGAGGAACUCGUAUGUAACAUUCUUUUUAGUGUGGUUAUUAUAUUCUGUGUUCUGCAUAGUCAUUUGGAAUUUUUA